UCACAGCAAUUCUCAGCGCUGACUGAAGUGCUUUUCCGCUUUCUGGCAGAGCCCAAGGAGGUGGAAAGAUUUCUGAUUCAGCUCUCAGACUUUGCCACCAUGAAUAAAAUCAGCUUGGGCCCCCUGAAAAACAUUGUCAAAAGUAUUCUUCUGGUACCCAACGGUGCCCUGAAGAGGAAUUUGUCUUCUGAACAAGUCAGAGCAGAUUUUAUUGCUUUAGGCCUCAGUGAAGAGAAAGCCAGUUAUUUUGCAGAACAGUGGAAGGUGAAUUCCCCCACCCUAACACACCUGGCUGUGGGACAGACACUGAUGAUUAACCAGCUGAUAGAUAUGGAGUGGAAGUUUGGAGUGACUGCUGGGAGCAGUGAGCUGGAAAAAGUGGGAAGUAUCUUCUUACAGCUGAAGCUGGUGAUUAAAAAAGGGAGCCAAUUGGAAAACGUGUAUGUUGAGUUAACUUUGCCCCAGUUCUACAGUUUUCUGCAUGAAAUGGAACGGGUCAAAACCAGCCUGGAAAGCUUCAGCUGAAACCUCACAGACCUGAGCCAACAUCUGCCCGGGAUGUUUAAUUCCUUCUCAUGGGUCUGCAGAUCUGCUCUUUCCCAGCUGACUCUUCACACCCUGAUAAGAGAAGACAAGCUGUGCAAUGAGCAGUGGUGUCAUGGCCCAGCAGGACCCAUCAGUCCUUUAGAACCUGAAACUUGGGCUAAGUUUCAGCUUUUUCAAAGCACAUACAAGUCCACUCAUCUUUUUUUUUUAUUUUUUUUACUAUGCUAUUAAGAGAAACUGUGGUCAGAAGUAAUGUGGAUACCUUUACUAAAAUAGCAAAGAAAUAAACCCAUUUCCAUCCUGCUCCAUUUGUAU